AUGGAGAGCAGCAGCAGCCCCCCGGCAUCGGUGACUCCCCCGUGGGAUGUGUUUCCCCAGCGGACCUUGGACACUGCGGACAUCGUUGUGCUCGUGCUCUACUUUGUAUUUGUCCUGGCUGUUGGACUGUGGUCCAUGUGGAAGACCCAGCGGAGCACCGUGAAAGGCUAUUUCCUGGCUGGGGGAGAGAUGGUUUGGUGGCCUGUGGGAGCCUCCCUCUUUGCCAGCAACGUCGGCAGCGGCCACUUCAUAGGCCUGGCGGGCUCCGGGGCUGCGGGCGGCAUCGCCGCAACUGCCUACGAGUGGAACGGCAUGUUUUGCGUUUUGGUGCUGGCCUGGCUAUUCCUGCCAAUUUAUAUAGCAGCUGGAGUCACUACCAUGCCCGAGUACCUGCGGAAACGCUUCGGGGGCAAAAGAAUUCAGAUAUUCCUAGCAAUUCUCUACUUAUUCAUCUAUAUCUUCACCAAAAUAUCAGUGGACAUGUACGCCGGGGCCCUCUUCAUCCAGCAAGCCCUGCACUGGGACCUCUACGUGGCCGUCAUCGGCCUGCUGGCAGUCACGGCCGUCUACACGGUGGCAGGUGGCCUCGCAGCUGUAAUAUACACAGAUGCUCUGCAAACUUUCAUCAUGCUGAUUGGGGCUGUGACGCUCAUGAUCUUCAGCUUUGUGGAAGUUGGUGGCCUUGAGGGUCUGCAGGCCAAGUACUUCGAUGCCAUUCCCAGCAGCCGCAAGGAGAACAGCAGCUGCGGCUUGCCCAGGCCCGACGCGUUCCACAUCUUUCGAGACCCCGUUAACUCUGACCUUCCUUGGCCUGGCGUUUUGGUAGGAAUGACCAUCCCGUCCCUGUGGUACUGGUGCACAGACCAGGUCAUCGUGCAAAGGUCCCUUGCCGCUAAAAACCUCUCCCAUGCCAAAGGAGGCUCCUUGAUGACCUCCUACUUGAAAAUUUUGCCCCUCUUUAUGAUGGUAAUGCCUGGCAUGAUCAGCCGCAUUCUCUUCCCAGAUCUGGUGGCUUGUGCAGACCCAGAAAUUUGUCGGAAAAUCUGCGGCAAUCCAUCCGGCUGCUCUGAUAUCGCCUACCCGAAGCUGGUCAUUGAACUUCUGCCUGUAGGACUCAGGGGCCUCAUGAUGGCAGUGAUGAUAGCAGCUCUUAUGUCCUCCCUGACUUCCAUCUUUAAUAGCGCCAGCACCAUCUUCACCAUGGACCUCUGGAAGCACUUUCGGCCUCGCUCUUCUGAGUGGGAGCUCAUGAUCAUUGGCAGGGUCUUUGUGCUGCUGCUCACGGUGAUGUCCAUCCUGUGGAUCCCGCUGGUACAAGCUGGCCAGGGCGGGCAGCUCUUUAUUUACAUCCAGUCCAUCAGCUCCUACCUGCAGCCCCCCGUGGCCAUGGUUUUCAUUCUGGGUUGCUUCUGGAAAAGAGCAAAUGAAAAGGGCGCAUUCUGGGGCCUGGUGAUUGGGCUGCUGCUGGGCUUCAUCCGACUGGUGCUGGACUUCAUUUAUCCAGAGCCCCAGUGUGGACAGACAGACAUCAGACCAGGUGUGGUGAAACACAUGCACUAUCUCUACUUCUCCAUGGUCCUAGCUGCGAUUUCUACAAUCACUGUGCUGCUUGUGAGCACGCUCACAGAACCCCCCGCGGAGGAAAUGAUAAGUCGGCUUACCUGGUUCACGCGUGGGGAUCUACCAGUCAAGCAAGACCUAGCAGGCAGCACUUCCCCUGGCACUGGAAAUGGAGUGUGUGAAGCUGAGCGUCCAGCUUUCCAGAUUGAUAUAAGCAUUGCCUCUGAAAAUAGUUCAAAUGAUAACAAAUGCGCCAGGAACGGCGGCGGGCGCUCGAGGCUGGCGACGCUGGCGCUGUGGCUGUGCGGGAUGGAGCGCGGGCAGGACGGGCCGGAGGCGGCGCCGGUGCCGCGCGAGGCGCCCGCGGCCGCCCCCGACGAGGCGCCCUGGGUGCGGCACGUCCUCAACAUCAACCUGCUGCUCUGCCUCUCCGCCGGCGUCUUCCUCUGGGCCUACUUCGCGUAGCGGCCGCUGCCCCGCGCAACGCAACGUCAACUAGUUGUAACGGGUGUAAAUAAUAAGAAUUAGCAGCGGGCUAAUGUAAACUGUAGUCCUUUCUAAAUGGUGUUUUAAGAAUAGAGUCUCU